GCCGAUUCCGCCACCCACCAAAAGAAAGCGCCACCCUUUCCGCAACCGCUGCACUUCUUCCAGUUCCUCCACCAGCUGUCGCCGGCUCCCGUUUCUAGGGUUUCUGCGGAGGAAGAAAUGGAGCCCGUCGUCGGCAAAAUCAAAGACUUAAAGAAGUCAACUCAAGACUUCUUCGAUGGCCUCUUCCACAAUCGCGCCAAGUCUUCCCGCCGCAAUCCGAUUGAGAUCCUCAAGCGAUUACAGCGGGAAUCAUUCACUGACCUAAUGAAGCUCAGAGAGAGGCAGGACAAGCUCGAGCGAACGGUCUCUUUCCAGAAAAUCGCCAAGGGAAAUCCAUUUCAAAACUCAGGUGGUACUCAUGUAAGGGGAGAGAUCGAUGCCCUAGGUGCUAUACUGCUUAUGGGCAGCAACUUCGAUCAGUUUGAUCACCACGACUCUCUUGGCCUUGGGAAGAAUGGUGGCAUUAGAUCGAAGAUAUCCUUUGAGGCUCCCAUACGGGAGAAUGAUAAACUCGUAGCAGAGUUUGGCACGGGAGGUAGCAACGGUGGUGAUAUUUUGGGGAGCACGACGCUUUGUCUGUCGAAACUAUUAUUCAUGUCAAACAUUCGUGACUGGUUAUCAGCUACUGUAAUGCCGGUUGGAGCUCAGUUCAGGCAUCUGGGGUUCACUAUGGAUUCUUCAAAUCAGAUAAAGGGCUUGACAGAGCUUUCAGCAAUCGGUCCUCCUCUCAUGAAUGAACAUAGUGGUUCAGCCAUCGGUUUCACAGUGAGAAAGUCGAAUCUCGUGGCUUCUUUUUCUAGUUCCCUAUCCGGACUUCGGAAAUCAGACCUAUAUUCAUCAGAGCAUUACUUCAGCACAUUUGGCCAAAUUGCAUGCCAACUACCAAAAGGAUUGAAGCUCUCAGUCUCGGGGGUCCACAAACGGCUUAAAUCUUCUCGCCACUUUGUCAACCGAGGAGCUCUCACGAUCCCUGUGGCCAUUUUGAAUCCACACCCAAAUGCUCCUCACGACCCGGUCUUUGAACCACUGGAGACAAACCUAUUUGAACUGACCUCAACGGGGUCCAUUGCUGUGAAGUUGGAGAGCCAGGUUGAUGAAGACACGAGGAUGGAGGGUUGGAUGCAGAUGAAUAACUCGAACGGGUCGAGCAUCGUGCAAUGGGGAUUGAGUAGGAUUGAUGAUUCGGAGGAUGGAUGGGGGAUCAGUGUUGGCGGGGAGAGGGAUAACAGCGGAAUUAGGUCGAACAGGUUUGGAGCAGAGGCGUACCUGAAGUUCAACGUUGGGAAGAAGUUCUGCUUGAAGCCAGGUUUUGCUUGUGCAGGGGAUGGGAAUUCCAGGAUAUGUGGGUUGAUGUUUAGGUCUAAUUGGUCGUUCUGAUAUAUAACUUUACUUGUCUAAUUUAUGGAUGUAAGUUGUAACUGUAAGAGACCGAUUUCUACAGUGGCUAGGUGAAAUGGUGAGUCAUGGAAACAUACACAGUGAUCUAUUUACAUUCCGAAUUAGGUUGAAUCAAUACGACCUGUUGAAACAUGCCUAAAGGUCAUAUAUUCCCAUAAAGACG